AUGACUUACCGGAUGCGUUAUCAUUUGAAUAUAAGCAGAUGUUAUAUACAACAACAGAGAUUCAACGCAACACUGCAAACAACACGAUGUUUUAGCUUUAGAAAUAUGUCUACAUCGAAUAAGAGCAUUUCAUUUGAUUUUCAAAAGAAUGAUAUCAUUAACAAACGAGAAUUAGAACAAUUAAUCAAAGAUAAUAGAGAUCAAAUCAAUAAACCAUACAUUCUUAUCGAUGUUAGAAAUCCUACCGAAGUCGAACAAACAGGUGUAAUCGAAUCAGCACUACAUUUACCAUUGGGUAUAUUACCAGCAGCAUUAGAGAUGACAGAAGAUGAUUUCCAAGAUGCAUUCAAUAUACCAAAGAUUCAAAAGACAGGAAAGAGAUCAGAGAUGGCAGUCGAUAUGUUUAGAGCAGCAGGCUAUGGUAAUUCAAUCAACUAUCCUGGCUCAGCAGCUGAAUGGUUUAAUUUAGAUUAA